AUGGCCUCGAGACCGACCACAAGAGAGUGUGUUGGUGUGGUGGCGCUGGCCGGCGGGUCAGCCUCUCUGUGUGGCACUAACAACACUGUCCACCGCCCCCCCUUCGUCGACGUCGACUGGAAUAACUUGGCAGUGUGCGCCCUUCUGCAGCCCCAGCAGCAGCAGACGGAGAAACCCAAGCAGAGGCGACAGCAGCAGAUUAAGGCACAAACCAACCAACAGGAUGGUCAAUACUUCUAUUGCAACACUAAAGACAUCAGUCUUACAGCUGGGUUCAAUGACUCCAGCCUGUGGGUGAGUGUUGGCGGGAGCCGCUACACCUUCCCCGCGACACUACUGACGGACGCUUGGAACCUCGUGUGCGUCGGUUACUCCACUCACCAAAACCAAGUCUGGGCACGUGUAGGGGAAAUCCUUUUGAACUGGACUAACGUUGAGAAGACUUAUGGCAUUGUGUCUGAGGACAGAGGGGUGUGUGUGGGCUCCCAUCUCAACCACCAACGUUCCUUUACUGGGUUGGUUGCUGCUAUUUCCAUCCAGCCACGGCUCAUCAACGGCUCCUCUGAGCCUGUUACUAAUUGUAAUAAUCUUGUGGACAACAAAAAGGCAGCCAUCCCCAUCAAUUCAACCUGGAUUAGUCGAGGAAAUGUAUUGCUAGUUGAUUAUUCACUAGACGAGCUGUGUUCUCAAUCAUUGGAUAGUUUGCUGCUCAAAGAACCUUGUGAUUAUAAUGGAAUGUUGAGAAUAUGUAAAGGGUUUGGCGGACAUUUUCCAACGGAAGAGGAGGUGGCGUCUGGAGGCUUGGAGGUGGCUAACAGUGUGGCCAGCCACUGCAUCACAGACGAGACUCAGGUGUCGUGGGUGGGCAGCAAGGGUCGAUAUGGGGAGGGUCUAACAACUCUGUGCCCGACCUUGUUGACUAACGGCACCUUGGGGUCACGCACUUGUCUCAGCGAACUGGAGUGUAGCGUAUGUCGUGUUCCCGCCACACUUCGCUUCACCCUCUUCGGCGACAUCCAUGACUUUGACAGAUACUACUUCUUGCGUAUAAUGCCCGACGGAAAUAUUUACUUCAAAGGACAAGAAACAUGCAACAUCACUCGAAAUGACAACAAGUGGAUCCUGAGAUCUCGUCUACAUCGCCGGGAGUGGCAGCUACAACGAGGCUCCCAGCCAGUAGGGCGGCAUCGCUGGUGCUCUGGUGACGAAAACACAACUCUGACGUUGACGUCCUGCAACAUCUUACAGUUCUCCUCCCAUGAUGGCGUCUGUUUACCUCGGAGCCAGCGAUGUGACGGUAACAAAGACUCUCCCGACGGGAGCGACGAAGAAGGAUGCCGAAAGAGACUUGUUGACAAGGAACCAGGCUAUGAACGUGAAGUUACUCCAGUUUAUGACUCUAAUGACCAAGGGAUAGUGACAUAUAGCUAUGAGAUUUUUAAUAUCGAUCAAAUUACCAAUGAGAAAGGCAUGGCACAUCUUGACAUCGGGUUUUUCAUGUCAUGGCAUGAUCCAAGAGUCCGUUUCUGGGAUUUGGGAGAAAAUUUGCAUUUCAUUUCGUGCGAUGAGAUAUGGUAUCCAAAACUUGGUAUGUUUGCUGGAUAUAAGCAAGGACCUGGUAUUAACGUGGAAUGCUACAGUUCACGCUGCAAUACAAGGAAGAAUAUGAAUUCCAUUGAGCAGUACGACUUCAAGGAUGCAUUUAUGGGAAGGUUCCUGACAGGGCAACAACAGAGUCUGAGGGUUUACUCAGAGUGUCGUGUCAGCUUUCCUUGCAAGUUCCAUUUGCACCGCUUCCCUUUUGGUAGUCAGAUGUGCAAUGGAUCAUUUUACAUCGUGAAGGCUAUCACCGAGAUGAAGUGGCAGCAUAAAGACAAUGCAACUGGACCUUACGAAGUGAAUUAUGAAAAUGAAGACUACCUCCUGGACUACCGACUCAUUAAGAUAACUGGAGAGACCACCGUGGACUUCCAUUGGAGUGGGAGACAAAAGACCUUUGCCAUCAUUACUCUGCACUUACAGAGCCUGUGUGACUAUCAUCUUCUCAACAGCUUUGCCCCAAGUGCCCUAAUGUUCAUCAUCUCUUACUCAACACUCUUCUUCCCCAUCAAGGAGUUUAACGAGAGGAUUAUGGUGUCACUGACAUCCCUGUUGGUGCUUACAGGACUCUUUGCUCAAGCCACUAACUCUUAUGUCAAGACACCCUACUAUAAGCUACUAGACAUCUGGUAUGCCAUCCUCAUCACCCUCUGCUUCUGUAUCGUCAUAGCUAAUGUUGUUGUGAAUAUGGCGAGGGUGUCCAGGAUUCAGACCACCUCCUCUGUUCAUGACAAUGAGAAUGAUAAUGAUGCCUUGAUCCUCAGGAAGCCCAAGAGGUUUAACUUCGUGAGCCUUUCAUUGUUUCUCUUCCUAUUCUUGCUCUUGGUUGUUAUAUAUGUGUGCUUUGCUCUAGACGUUCUAUAA